AUGCCUGACGCAGAAGUGGAGUGCGGGGAGAGGACGAAGGCGAACGUGGGCCCGAGCACUCGGAUCUACGGGGGAAGUUCCGUGAAUCGAGGCCAGUGGCCUUGGGUGGUGUCGAUCCAGGAACACGUCAACGACUCCUUUGGCUACUAUCAUUACUGCGGCGGCUCCAUCGUCGACAAGCAGUGGGUCAUGACGGCAGCGCGCUGUGUCUCUGCACCCUACUCUGGAAACCCUGAAACAAUACUGAUCAAAGCUGGGGUGACAAAUGCACAUACCGACAGCAAUAACUAUACCCAAGAGCUUGGCGUGGCCAAGAUCAUCAUACAUAAUGAGUAUAACCCCAUAACGCACCAGAAUGACAUUGCGCUGCUGAAGCUGAGGACGCCAGCUGAGAUCAACGACCACGUGAAGCCCGUCUGCCUGCCCACCACUGCAGAUGAACAACACCACCUGGAGUACUGUCACUUUACCGGCUUCGGACUGCAGGAAAACGGGACUUAUGGUAUACUCCAGGAGGCCGUGGGAGAAGUCAUUUUGACACACAUUUGUAACUAUGCUCAGUGGCUUAAUUUACAAGUGACGCCAGAGAUGUUCUGUGCAGGAAGCAUGGAUGCCAAAGUGAGCGCAUGUGAGGGUGACCAUGGAAGCCCAUUCCAAUGCAGAACUCCGCUUGACAAGCGGUUUUACGCCUAUGGGAUCAGGAGUUUCGGAAUAGGAUGUGGACAGAAGCAGCAGCCAUCGGUCUACACUCGCGUCAGCCACUACUACUACUGGGUUAACGACAUCAUCGGAGUGGACACCUCUCCAAGCACAGCACCCACUGACCCUCUUAUUCUGUCUCUCUUUGUCCUCACUGCUGCCUGUGUACUAACCUGAGCAUAUAGCCCCCCACAUGCAAAACUAGUUUCUCAGAGAAACCGAGGAAAUAAACUAUAUUUAUCUAAGA